AUUACUGAGCUCGAGAUACAGUCAUUAAGCAGUUAUCCUACCUCAUUGAUGAAAAGCGCGUCUUCUUUUCCGAAAUACGCGAUGUGAACCCAUUGGAAUGCCUAGUUAAAAAGUUAAAAAUCGCUCGAGUGCCUCUUGAGCUCAAUUUGGAUGCAAAAAGAGCAGCAAUUCCGCGUUGUGAUUAUUAUUGUGACACUAUGUAUCUAUUGCCGUACUCAACAUUCAAAUGCUUGCCUAAAGAUUAUAAGGUGGAUGGUUGUGAGACAUCAUCCACCAUUUCAAAUGAUGAUGUUGACACGGCUUGUACAACAUGUGAGGUCAAGGGGGUGCUGGCAUUACUAGAUUUGUAUUCUGGUUGUGGUGCUAUGUCUACCGGUAUAUGUCUUGGAGCAAAUCUUUCUGGUUCAAACCUUGUCACGAGGUGGGCUGUUGACAUGAACAAACAUGCAUGCAACAGUUUGAGACUAAACCACCUAGAGACACAGGUGAGGAAUGAGUCUGCAGAAGAUUUCCUCUUGCUGUUGAAGGAGUGGCAUAAACUGUGCAUGCAAUUUCAGCUCAUUGAAAGUGAUGGUCAACAGCUGCCAUAUGCCGAUUUAUUUAGCAUAGAGGAUGGAAUCAGUGAUGUCGAGGAAAACAGUAAAGAUGACAAUGGGAGUAGUGAUGGUGAGGCUUUUGAAGUAGACAAAAUUUUAGCAAUUUGUUAUGGAGAUCCUAAAGAGAAGGGAGAUAUCACAUUGUACUUCAAGGUUUCGUGGAAAGGAUAUGGUCCUGAUGAGGACACAUGGGAGCCAAUUGACGGCUUAAGCAACUGUUUUGAAAGACUAAAGGAAUUCGUAGUUGAAGGUCAUAAAUCCAAGAUUUUGCCUUUGCCAAUGUGAUAUGUGGUGGACCACCCUGUCAAGGAAUAAGCGGUUUCAAUCGCUUUAGAGAUAAGGACAAUCCUUUAGCUGAUGUGAAAAACAAGCAACUUCUUGUGUUUAUGGAAGUUGUGGAGUUUUUGAAACCAAGGUUUGUUUUGAUGGAGAAUGUGGUGGAUCUAGUCAAAUUUUCUAAGGGUUUCUUGGGGAGAUAUGCACUUGGUCGUUUAGUGCAACUGAACUAUCAAACAAGAUUGGGUAUCAUGGCCGCAGGAGCAUAUGGGCUUCCUCAAUUUAGAAUUCGUUGUUUUCUGUGGGGUGCUCGUCCCAAUGAGAAGUUGCCCCAGUACCCAUUGCCAACACACGAUGUUGUGGUCAGAGGUUUCAUUCCUUUAGAAUUUGAGAUGCACACUGUUGCCUAUGAUGAGGGCCACUCGUACGAAUUGCAAAAGAAAUUGCUACUGGAGCAUGCAAUCUCUGAUCUUCCACCUGUUGGAACUUAUGAUGGAAGAGAUGAAAUGCCUUAUGAUAAAGCUCCACAGACAGAUUUUCAACGUUUCAUUAGAUCAAGUGAAAAAGAAAUGCUGGGGAUCAUAGAUGACUCAGUGGAUUCAGAUCGAUUACUCUUUGAUCAUCGACCACUUGAAUUGAAUUCAGAUGACCACGAACGUGUUUGCCAUAUACCAAAGAAAAAGGGCGCGAAUUUUAGGGAUUUGCCUGGUGUUCGUGUGUGUCCGGACAACAAAGUUGAAUGGGACCCUGAUGUUCCCAGGGCUUAUCUGGCCUCGGGGAAACCAUUGGUCCCUGAUUACGCAAUGACAUUUACGAAUGGUUCUUCCUCAAAGCCUUUCGCACGUGUGUGGUGGGAUGAAACUGUGCCUACUGUAGUGACUAGAGCAGAACCGCACAACCAGGCAAUAUUACACCCCGAGCAAGACAGAGUUUUUACAGUUCGUGAAAAUGCAAGACUUCAGGGAUUUCCUGAUUAUUACAAGCUUACUGGCCCCAUUAAGGAGAGGUACAUUCAAGUUGGAAAUGCAGUUGCAGUUCCUGUAGCUAGAGCUUUGGGAUGUGCACUGGCUCAAGCUUUCCAAAAAAGUGCCAAUGAUGAUGAUCCGUUGUUUCGGUUGCCUGAUAUAUUCGUCAGUAGAUCUGAGCAACGAUCUUCAGCGAGAUUAUAUCCCAAUGAUUUGGAGUGGAAGCCUUGCUCUAAGCUGACGAGGUUAUCCCUGAAGGAGGCCGCAAUAACAAACCCACCAAUGACGGGGUCGGCUACUAGCACAAGUCCCUGCAUUCAGUCCCACUUGAUCUUUUACAUAUUUAUGUGUUAAUGACAUCUUAUACUUAAUUACGGCGACACACCAUGCUAUGAUACGAUAUGUCGGAUGUACCAUAGGAGGCU